AUGAACGAAACUGAAGUUUGGAAAGAAUUAAAAGAACUCUAUCAAAAAACUAUCGAUGAAAUCAAUAAUUUCAUGACAACCAGCGAGGGAAGGGAAAAAUUGUCCAAAAAAAAUUUUGUUGUUUAUACUUCUCUCAAUCCCCAAAAUCUUUUCAACCAAGCAAUCAAUAAAAUCCAAGAAUCUAUUAGAAAUUGCAGUAGUGCAGAAGAAAUUGAUAACCAACUAGGACCGGCUAUCAAGGAACUAGAAAAAGACCUAAAUAAUAAGAUUUAUGGACUGAAACCAGCAACCGACCAAAAAAAGGAGGAAUUGGUUUUCUGUCAAAGAUUCCGAAGUCAGACGGGAGUCAAAAGCGAACAAAUUGCUGACAAUGACAUUCUUCCUUACCUCAGCACUGGGUUGACCGCAGAAAGAGCUGCCAAUGCUUACUCUUUUUUUAAUCCUCAACAAAGAAUUCUGGUUAAGGAAAUUAUCAACAAACAAGCCAUCUUUGCCGGUCGAACCUAUGAUUUACAAACCGACAACGGCUUAAAAAAAGCCCAAGCGGCUAAACUUUUCCUACACGAUUUUCACAGCCAAAAAGGCACUAAAUUUGAAAUCGAUGACAAGAAAAUUUUAGAUUAUCAGGAAGUAGUUCCUGACCAAAUUCGGAUUAAUAAUGGCAAAAGAGAAAUUAAUGUCGGGACGGAGAAAGAAACGUCUACCAAAGCACUUUAUCUUUUUAAUAAAGAUUACAAUAAAAUGAGUAAUGAAGAACUAAUUGCUGAAAUUCAGAAGUUACGGGCAGAAAUAUGGUCAAUGAAAGAUGAUGAUGGACGAAUAAAGAAAAUAUUAGAGAAACACGAACUUUCCACUACCGGACAAAAACCAACCAAAUCGGGCAAUUUCCCGUUUGAGUUUUUAUUAAUUUUAAUUGUCGAGAAAAAGAAGAAAAUUUUGAUAACUUUACAACCUAAAAACAUGAUAAUUAUAUCCCUAGAAACCAGUUGUGACGAAACGAGUACUGCCAUUUUAGAAAACAAAAAAGUUCUCAGUAAUAUUACUAUUUCACAAAUAUUAGAACAACAAAAAUAUGGUGGAGUAAUGCCUAGUUUGGCCGCUAAAUUACACGUUAAAAAUAUUCAAAAAGUCCUAAAAAAAACUUUAUCCACCGCUAAAAUUUCUCCCGAGCAAAUUGAUUAUAUUGCCUAUACCGAAAAACCAGGCUUAAUCAUUUGUCUCCAAAUUGGCAAAAUAGUGGCUGAAACUUUGGCCUUAUAUCUCAACAAACCGCUCCUGCCUAUUUACCGGCUAAAUAGCCAUUCUGAUUUUAUUCUCUUGGGCGAAACUUGUGAUGAUGCCAUUGGUGAAUGUUUGGAUAAAUCAGCCAUUUUGCUGGGUUAUAAUUAUCCAGGAGGUCCAGCCAUUGAAAAUUUGGCUCAAACUGGAGAAAAUACUUAUCGGUUGCCUUUUCCCAAAAAUGAUAAAAUAAAGCAAGCCCGUAAUCGGAAAUAUAAGUCGCUAAUCAAAAAUCAAUUCAAGAAAAUUGAGGUUUAUUUACAAAAACAAAAAGUUAACGAGAACACAGUUUCGGCUCAGCAAAAAGAAUUGGAAAAAUCUAAUCCUAAUAAAACUCCUGAACAAGAACAAGAAUUAACUGCUAAGAAACAGCAAUUAGAGGAUAAGAAUAAAAGGGACAAUAAUACUUCUGAAAAUAAACCUGAUAAUAAAAUUGGUCUUUAUGUGGAAUAUAUAAACGACAAAUAUCCAAUAGAAGGAACAUGUAAAAGCAAUAGCGAUAAAGAAAAUCAAGGCAGAAAAAGAGACGAAAUAACCACAUUAGAUCUCAGUAAAGGCAAAGUUGGCAAAGGAAUUUUUAACGAUGGCAAAACUUUGACUGGUUCUUUAAAAUUAGAAGGUUUUGCUAAAUUACGAAAAUUAAUAAUUUCUUCUCAACAAAUAACAGAACUAGAUGUUAGUGAAUGCAGCAAUCUCACGGAAUUAGAUUGUCAGAGUAAUCAAAUAGAUAAAUUAAAUGUUAAUAGUUGUUCUAAUCUGAAAAUUAUUAAUUGUUCUAACAAUCAUAUUAGAGAAUUAGAUUUAAGUGCUUGUCCUGAUUUAGAAGAAGUGGAUAUAAAUAAUUGUCUGGAACUUAAAAUAGAUAAAAUAACGACCGAACUUUAUCAUGAUGAAAAUAGUGGUAAAUUAAUAAAAGGCAACUCGCAAAAAGAAACAAAAGUUGGCCCCCAAAUAAGAAAGGCUGAAGAUAAUGAUAUUAGAAAUAUUCUAAUAGUUGGCAUCACUGGCAGUGGCAAAUCUACUUUGGCUAAUGUAAUAAGUGGAACUAAUAAAUUUAAAGAAAGUGGAGCAAGCAUCAGCGUAACUAAAGAAAUUCAAAAAGAAGAAUUUGUUGAAAAUGAUAUUAGUUAUGCAGUAAUUGAUACCGUAGGAAUAGGUGAUACCCAAUUAAAAGAGGAAGAGGUGUUGGAUAGAAUAGCAGAGGCAGUUUAUUUGGCCCGGAAUGGUAUCAGCCAAAUCUUUUUUAUUACUGGUGGUCGGUUUGAUCAAUAUGAAAUGUCUAUUUAUAACUUAUUGAAAACGAUUAUCUUUGAUGAGGCUGUCACUGAUUACACUACUAUAGUGCGAACUAGGUUUCCCAAGUUUGAGAAUAAAAAAGAAUGCCAAGAAGACAUUAAAAAAAUGUUGAUUGAAAAAGAACUUUGCGAGAUAGUCAAUUCCUGUCAAGGAAGAAUCGUUCACGUUAGUAAUCCACCUAUAGAGGGAAAGAUCGGCGAAGAGGAUUAUAAACCUCCUAAAUUACAAACCCUAAGUACCAAAAUUUCUGAUUACAUGAAACAAAAAGUAAGAAAAAGAGAGGAAUUAGAAGAAAAAAAGAAGAAACUGGAAGAUAAUAAAACAGAGUUAGUUCUUCAGCAAGAAGAAGAAAUGUUUAUCAUGCCUGGAGCCUUCCCUUCUCUUUCAGCACUUCGACCAUUUAUACCUAACAAUCUUAAGCAUAGAAUCACCACAUUACGAGAAGAAAUAAAAGAACUAGAGGAAGCCAAAAAAUUAAAAGAAGAAAUUACUGAAAAAGAAAAGGCCAUUCGGAAAGAAGUUUUAAAGCAUAUAUUCAACAAUUAUAGUGAAAUUACGAAAGUAAUGGGAGGAUAUGCUUUUAUUAACAGUGUUGUUAGAGACGGGUUUGAUCUUUCUCAACAACUGCAAGCAUUAGAAAAAAAUUCGGAAGACAAAGAAGAUUUAAUGAUUUUAUCGCUAGAUGAGAUUGGGACUACAACAGAAGAAAGAGUAAAAGCAUUAGUUGAGUUAAAUAAACAGUUAAAUAAUUUUAAUCCGGAAGAUGAUGCUUCCUUUUGUUCCUGGUUGCGAGAUAAUAAAAAAUUAACUGUUGAAAAAAUACAAGUUUUGGAUUAUCCUCUUGAUGUCGGAAAGUUGCGAAAAGAAUAUACCAAUCAGUUAAAGAAGGAAGUUGAGGCAAUUGACCAUCAUAAUCAACUGUUUGAAGAAAGAAGAAAUAAAAAAGUUGUUAAAAGGAAGUUACUGGAAGCAAAAAAAGAGAAACGAACGGCAGAAUAUGAAAGCACCCGCAACGAGUUAAAAAGUAUUCUCUCGCAGUAUGGUUCUAAGGCAAAAGUCGCUGAUGAGUUGGAAAAAGAUGCCAAUAAAUUAAGAGGUGCUAUUGAAAAUUUAUUAGAAAGAGUACAAAAAAAUAAACCUGUACACGAAGCGGAAGAAUUUCAAAAUCAAAUCGAGCAACCUUCCAAGCAAAAAGUAAAAGAAAAUUUGCGGGAAUUUGAAAAGAAAAAAGAGAGAAAUUUAGACGACCAAAGAGAAAAUAAUUUUUUCAUGAAAAUAAUUACGAUAAUCGGAACCAAGGAAGUUGGAAAAACCACUCUUUUUCGUCAAUUGGUAAGGUGUUUUUCGCUCCAACCAGGCAAGAGUAAAUUUAACCCCAGUCCGGUAAUUAAUUAUGCUGAAAAUUUAAUCAAAAUAGAUGAUAAUUUUUACCGAUUAAUUGACACACCAGCCUUCAUUUUUUCACCCCAAAAUGAAAUAGAAAAAGGGAUUAAAAAACAAACUGAGGAUUUAUUAAAAAUCAGCGACUUAAUUUGCUUAGUAAUUGACAAGCAGGACGAGAGAGCAUUUGCUUUAAAAAAAUAUUUAAAAAAAUUUUCGGCUUCUCAGAUUUUAAUAUUUAAUCAAAAAAAUGAUGAGAAAGGAGAAAAUUCUUUUUCCUGCUCCACUCUGAAUUCACCAUAUUUUUUGGCAAUUUCGGUUCUCCGAGCCACCGAUUUGGAAAAAUUAAGCCAGCAAAUAAUUUCUCUUGUGCCGAAAUCGGCUGAUGGAGAAACCAAGCAGCAAAAUCAAGAGUUAAAAUUACUAAUUUUUGGACCACCCAAUUCCGGCAAAUCUACCCUCAUGAAUUAUCUAUUACAGGAAAAUCGCUCCUUGGCUACUCCGAUUGCUGGCACUACCCGAGAGCCGGAAAUUUUUGGGGAACAAAGAAAUGCUACCUUUGAAUUAGUUGACACAGCCGCCUGGGCGGUAUUGGACGCUACCUUGCCUUUAACCAAACAAAUACUCCAAAUUGUCAAUUUAGGAGAAAAACACAAUAAACCACUCAUUAUAAUUGUCAAUAAGUACGAUUUAUUAGCGGAAAAGAAAUUCCGAGAGACAAUUGGCGGAGAAAAAAAAAAUUCUUUGGUAGAACCAAAAAAGGAAUUAGAAAAAGAAUUAAGAAAUCGUCUAAAAUCGCUAAGUUAUGUGCCGAUAAUUUUUCUUUCGGCUUUGAAGGGAACGGGAAUGAAAAGACUGCUAAAAAUCCUCAAAGAAAUGCUGACCCAAGCCCAAAAAAAAGUUUCCAAAAAAGAAUUAGCAGAAAUAGUGGCAAGAAUGGUGAUUAAUCACCCCCCCAAAUAUUUCAAAGGCAAUAAAUUAAAAAUCUAUUUUGCCAAGCAAGAAUCUGGUUUGACCCAAACCUUUAUUUUUUUCGUGAAUAACCCCCAAUGA